AUGGACGCUUUAAAGGAUACGUUAACUACGCAAACAAACACCCAAUUCGUAUCCGUGGGAGAUCUCACGAUUGAAAAACCAUACCCGAUAUCGAAGAUGGUUAACCGGGACACGCAGUACGGGAGGGCAAUCAUAUGCACACUCGAAGGUGAUGGAGGGGGCCGCCUAGAAACAUAUCUACCCAAGUCCAUACAGCUGGAGGAUGAAGAAAUAUUGGAAUUCAAUGCCCGGACUAAUAAAAAUUUGAAACUAGUGUACAAGGGUCGGCGGGGGAGGGCUUUUAAUAUCGCGUUCGAGUAG